AGGCAAUCCAAAGAAACUCUCCCGCUUGUCUGCUGAGGAGCAAGCCAAAUUCCAGCUGGACAACACUCUGGGUGGCACGUCGGAGGUGAUCCACCGCAAGGCGCUGCAGAGGAUAUAUGCUGACAAAGCGGCCGACAUCCUAGACGGGCUGAGGAAAAACCCAUCUGUUGCAGUUCCUAUUGUGCUGAAAAGGUUAAAGAUGAAAGAGGAAGAGUGGCGAGAAGGCCAGAGAGGAUUCAACAAGGUCUGGAGGGAGCAGAAUGAGAAACAUUACUUGAAAUCCCUGGAUCACCAGGGCAUCAGCUUCAAACAGAAUGCCCUUGACACCAGAACUUGGGUUGUUGUGAUGGAUAAUGUGAACUCUGGCCCUUCCCCCAUAGGGUUUGGGGUUGUAACGAAAGAGGAAAUCCAGUUCACUGCCAGUGCUUUGUACAAGGGUCUUAAAGACGUGCUUCAGCACACAGUGAGCGAGGAGAUCUGCAUGCAGGUGACAGAGCUUUACCUGUCGGAGAAUAGCAACGGAGCUACCGGAGGCCUGCUGUCGUCACAGUCAUCUCGGGACCUUGUGGAGGCCACGUAUCAGCGCAAAGCCGAGCAGCCCAUGUCAGACGAGAACUGUUUCAAGCUGAUGUUCAUUCAGAGCAGAGGCCAGGUCCAAUUAACCAUCGAGCUGCUGGACACCGAAGAGGAGAACUCGGAUGACUCCGUAGAGGCAGAGCGUUGGUCAGACUACGUAGAACGGUACGUCAGCUCUGAUUCUACCUCUCCCGAACUUCGGGAACACCUGGCCCAGAAGCCGGUUUUCCUGCCUAGUCCCAUGAAAGAGUGAGCAAGCGGCUGCACCAGCGGUUCCAAGCCUGGGUGGACAAAUGGACCAAGGAGCAUGUGACCCGUGAAAUGGCAGCUGAGACAAACAAGUGGCUAAUGGGAGAAGGGUUGGAGGGUUUGGUGCCCUGUACCACUACCUGUGAUACAGAGACCCUGCACUUUGUGAGCAUUAACAAGUGCCGUGUCAAAUACGGCACAAUAUUCAAGACACCGUAAAGUCCCUGAGCGAGGGAAGAUCACGUGGUGUGUGUGUGUGCGUAUCAAGGAAACGAGGAAGAUGCCUUUCUCCCCUCACUGUGUAUCUCCGUAACAUGGCCAGUUGACUAGUGCACAGCUGGUACAGCCUGUCACCAGCGGGAUUCGGUUUAGGAAAACGGAUCUCUACAAACCUAAGCUGGAACUGUUGCCAACAGGCCUCUGACUUCAGCGUGCACUGUGGAGGGAAGGACCCUUUUCAGAACUGAGUGAUCCUAGAGAAAUGCAGCUAGCUCAUAUGCACCAGCACUUUUGAGACUAACUCCUCAAUGGCCUGAACUUCAAGGGAAGAGAACUGGAUGUUGCAUACAUCCUGACCGGAGUGGU